GUAGUGUGGUGUGGACUGUUUUCGUUUUAGGAGAAUUUUUGCAAGAAUCGCUCAGUUGGCAGCGAAGUAGUGGUAGUCGGCAAUCGUUGCAAGUUUACCAGAUGUGUUGUUUGUUUUAUUUUUAUAAAUUGUAAAUAUUUUCGGUUUUAAUGCGACUGCUUAGCGUAGUUUAUACAGUCAGCUGUUCACACAGUGCGGAGGACCGCUGCGUACAGAAAAUGGAAGCCAUCUUGGGUUAGGUUGUCAAUUACUUACAUGGAGAUUUACAAGUAGUUUUCGGUGUAAUUUAUGCACGGUUUUAAGUUCCAGCUUUCAAAUAUAACACUAUAAAGUUUUUAUCGACGAAAAUUCACAAUGUCAACCGACCAACGGCCUGAACGAGAAAUUGCGGCAGAAGACAGCAUAAAAGUCGUCUGCCGAUUUAGGCCCUUGAAUGAUUCAGAGGAGAGAGCUGGAUCUAAAUUCAUUUGCAAAUUUCCUUCUGGAUCGGAGGAUAAUUGCAUAUCGAUAGGGAGUAAGGUUUUCCUGUUUGACAAGGUAUUCAAGCCAAAUGCAACACAGGAAAAAGUCUACAAUGAAGCUGCAAAAUCAAUUGUUACAGAUGUACUCUCUGGCUUCAAUGGAACGAUAUUUGCCUAUGGUCAGACUUCUUCUGGCAAAACGCACACGAUGGAAGGUGUUAUUGGUGACCCGGUGAAGCAGGGUAUAAUACCUAGAAUAGUUAAUGAUAUAUUCAAUCACAUUUACGCUAUGGAAGAAAACCUGGAAUUCCACAUCAAAGUUUCAUACUUUGAAAUUUACAUGGACAAAAUAAGGGACUUAUUAGAUGUCUCCAAAGUAAACCUCAGCGUCCACGAAGACAAGAACAGGGUACCAUUUGUGAAAGGAGCAACUGAACGAUUUGUUUCAAGCCCAGAGGAAGUAUUUGAAGUAAUAGAAGAAGGCAAAGCUAACAGGCACAUUGCAGUCACAAAUAUGAAUGAACAUAGUUCCCGUUCACACAGUGUAUUCCUAAUAAAUGUGAAACAAGAAAACCUAGAGAACCAAAAGAAACUCUCUGGAAAAUUGUACCUGGUAGAUCUGGCUGGCAGUGAGAAGGUCAGCAAAACUGGUGCUGAAGGAACAGUUUUAGAUGAAGCAAAAAAUAUAAACAAAUCUCUUUCAGCACUUGGUAAUGUCAUAUCUGCACUUGCUGAUGGCAACAAAACCCACAUUCCAUACAGAGAUUCCAAACUGACAAGGAUUCUACAGGAAUCAUUAGGUGGCAAUGCGAGGACCACCAUUAUAAUAUGUUGUUCCCCAGCUUCAUUCAAUGAAGCAGAAACUAAAUCAACACUUGAAUUUGGAAAGAGAGCAAAGACUAUAAAGAAUGUGGUAUGUGUGAAUGAAGAGUUAACUGCUGAGGAAUGGAAGCGACGCUACGAGAAGGAGAAGGAGAAAGUGGCACGGCUGAAAGGGAAACUGGAAAAACUAGAAUUGGAGCUCAGCAGGUGGCGCUCUGGAGAAACGGUUAACGUAGAUGAGCAGGUGAACUUGCAGGAACCUCUGGACGCUGCAACACCUAUCACUCAGUCAAUAGAGGUUAAAAAAGAUGAUGUUUUGGGCCCGGUGCCAGCAACUCCAGGUGGAGGUGUGAUGAUUGGAUCCCUGUCAAAUGAAGAGAGGCAAAAAUUGGAAGAGGAACGUGAGAAACUGUACCAGCAACUUGAUGAAAAAGAUGAAGAGAUCAACCAGCAGAGUCAGCUUGUAGAGAAGUUAAAGGAUCAGAUGCUUGAACAAGAGGAGCUUAUUGCAUCAACUAGGAGAGAUUAUGAACUGCUCCAGCAAGAGAUGAAUCGGAUCCAGCAGGAGAAUGAGAGUGCAAAGGAAGAAGUGAAAGAAGUCCUUCAAGCUCUGGAAGAAUUAGCAGUUAAUUAUGACCAAAAGUCGCAAGAAGUGGAAACGAAAAACAAGGAAUAUGAAAGCCUUACAGAAGAACUUAUGCAGAAACAGUCUGCGCUGAACUCAACAUCAUCAGAACUCCAGCAACUGAAAGAUAUGUCCUCUCACCAAAGGAAACGCAUAACAGAAAUGCUCACCAACCUGUUGAAAGAUCUAGGAGAAAUUGGUGUUGCUAUUGGAGGUGAUAAUGAUAUGAAGGUGUCUGCAGACAGCAAUGGCAAGUUAGAAGAGGAAUUUACUGUUGCACGAUUGUAUAUUUCGAAAAUGAAAUCUGAAGUUAAAAAUCUGGUUCAGCGCUGUCAAGGACUAGAAACCUAUCAGAUGGAUUGUAACAAAAAGAUAACAGAAUACGAGAAAGACCUGGCAGAAUGUCGUCUGCUUAUUUCUCAACAUGAAGCGAGGAUGAAGACACUGCAGGAGUCGAUGCAGGAAGCUGAAAAUAAGAAGCGCACUCUUGAAGAAGAAGUUGAUGCAUUGAGAGAGGAAUGUGCAAAAAUGAAAGCAGCUGAGCAAAUGCAUGCAGUAUCGAGCAAGGAGAAGGCAGAAGAAAAAGAACAAGCAAACAAAAUGAGGGUUGCACUUGAAGCUCAAAUGGACCAACUGCGGGAUGCUCACCAGAAGCAGGUUGGAACAUUGAGAGACGAGAUAAUGGAAAAGCAGUCACAAAUAAAUGAACUCAAGGACUUAAACCAAAAGUUCACCUUAGCACACCAGCAGAUGCAGCAGGACUACGAGAAACUGAAACAAGAAGAGACUGAAAAGAGCCAAAAGCUGCAGGAACUUAUUCUUACGAAUGAACGGCGAGAGCAGGCUCGAAAAGAUCUUAAAGGUCUUGAGGACACUGUAGCGAAGGAACUGCAGACAUUGCAUAACCUGAGGAAGUUGUUUGUGCAAGAUUUGCAGGCUCGCAUCAAGAAGUCUGCAAAUGCUGAAGACAAUGAAGAUGAUGGUGGUUCACUUGCACAGAAACAGAAGAUCAGUUUCCUUGAAAACAAUCUUGAUCAACUUACAAAAGUACAUAAGCAGCUUGUGAGGGAUAAUGCUGACCUGCGGUGUGAACUUCCUAAAUUGGAAAAGAGGCUACGUGCUACUAUGGAAAGAGUUAAGGCACUAGAAUCUGCACUGAAGGAUGCUAAGGAAGGUGCUAUGAAGGACCGCAAGAGGUACCAGUACGAGGUUGACCGUAUAAAGGAAGCCGUUCGUCAGAAGAACUUGGCAAGACGCGGACCCAGUGCCCAGAUUGCAAAACCAAUUCGUGCUGGUCAGCAUCAUACACAUCUUAGUGGUAACCCAGCUGCUAUUCGAGGAGGCGGUGUUGUACAGGGUUCACCACUUACAAGACUCAUUAAUGACGAUGAGAUGCGCAAGAAGAAAGCAGUUAUGGCUGGUGGCUACAGAGAAAUGAAUGAGAGCUGAACAGCUAAUCAUUGUGGUGCUGUAGAAGAAAAUUAGGAUUUAAUUAAUUCCUGACAUGACUCAAUAAUAUUAAUGGACAGUAUCAAUCACCGAAAUAUGUAAUACGCAAAUGUUGUAACAAGUAACCAGUACUUCUUUAAUUCUUCGGUGCUUAUGUAAAAGAAGAGGUCAUCAGCAUUUUAUUUCUUUGUUCACCAGUUUCAUUGAUGAGCAUAAAUCAGUUCACGUUGUACAUUUGUUUUGUUAUUCAUGAUGCUGCAAGAAUCAAAGCAGCAAGGUGGCUGUAAGCAAAUCAUGAAACACAUUGUUCCUGGUGCAUAGGUUGCUGGUGUUGUGGUUUCAUUGGUGUACAACAUGAACUAAUGCUGUACUGUGCAGUAUAAAUGGGAAAGUAUUAGCAAAAUGACAUUCUUUUUUUAAAAAAAAAAAUUGGUUGGUUAGUAUUUCUGUAAUAUUUAUGCAGUGUCAAUUUACAGCUAUGCUUUUUUUGUGGCUUUCGUGCAACCAAAGAGUAGGGAAAAGAGCUGUAAUGGGGUUGUGUGCAAAUUUGAAGUGGGAAUGUUUGCACUACAGCUGUAGAAGACUAUAAAAAUAUCUUGCCAUGUAUAUUAUGCUGCAUUUUAUUUAAUGCAAUAUGUCACCCAAGUGAUCCAUCAAUUCUUUCCUUUGUGACGAGGAUGUGCCUAUAGAUUUUAUAUGCAAACAUGUAAAUAGUGAUAUUUUAAAUCUCUUGAAGCCACAGUUUUCAGCUGAUUGUAAGAUGCUUCAUGGCGUUUCAAAAACUAAUUUAACAUUUACACAUUCCUCAUUAUGAAAGCUGUCAGUUUGAAGAUAAAGACAAAAGUUCCAAACUAGUCAGUAUCCAUCAAAUUAAAAGUGCAUUUAAAAUGUGACUUCAGCUUGUUCUUUGUCAUAGCUGUAAUUAUUAAAACUUGUAUGAUUAAUAUGGUUUUGUUUUUAAUGCAGUGGCCACGCUGUUUGAGAUUCUUGGCAUUUGUCGUUAGUGCUGACAGCCCCACUUCAUUUUAUAUUCCUGUACUACCAAGUUCUUUAAGUGUUAGGAGAGGGCAGUUGUGUAAUUAAAAGAUGUUUCCAUUUUGUUCCUGGCUUUUUUAAGCAGAAAAAAGCAAAUUAAUUCAUUAACUGUAGGUGUAAUGUUAGAUCAGUAUAGCAGCCACACAUCAAUACUAUUCUCAGUAGAUGAUGUAGUCAUUUGUUUCCCCCAGCUACACAAAAAUUUAUUAUUUUUACUUCUUAGAAAAACAUUAAGUAUAGGGAUGGAUUGAAAUUCCACAAGCCUCACUUUGGUUCAGCAUGGCAUUCAUAAGAAUGUCCAAGUAAGCUGCAGAGAACUGUUUAUUAGCUCCCAUUUGUGGGUAGCAGGCUACAUCUGGAACAGAAGGCUGGCUUAGAUGUAUGCUAAGCUUGGAUAAGCACUUCUGUAAGGGCUAAGUUGUGACUGGGGAUAGGUAUUGUGGAAUGCAAUAUGUUGUGCAGCUAAAGUUUGUUUGUGUUACUGUGCAUCUGUCUCCUGGUUUGGGCCAAUAGUACUAUCUUUUUAUUAUGUCCCUCACAGAAGUGUACCUAAAAGCUUUUGCAGCAGUUUUGGAGAUAUAAGCCAUUCAGUAAUUCACCAGUUUGUCAUAGAUUUGAACUCCAGAAAUAUUUCCUUUGUAUGUACAUUCCAACUGUGAGAAAAACAUCUUAAGCCAGUUCCACGCGCAUAAUUUGUAGCACACUAUUUGAUGAACAAAACUUACAGAUAUGUUUGUGAAUGCGCACUUCUGUUUCUAGGUCUAUCAAAACACCAUUGCUGUAAAUUUUUGACAAACAUAACUUUAUUUUAUUCAGUACUGUUAUAAGAUUAUACAAAAUAGUAUUUAUUUAUGAUUUGGUAAUAUAUUUAUUUAAAGUGUUUUUUUUCCUUCAGAGUGUUAUUUAUCGGACUAAUUGUUAUUUAUUAUUCUGAGCAGCUUUGGACUUAAUUUCUGACACAAUUUCAUAUAUGCAGUUAAAAUUUAGAAUUAAUUUUUUGUUGUAUAUUUCAGAAAAGUGAUCUCAGUAAUGGCCAACAUUACUAUCUUUGAGGUAAACCAGUAUACUGUUCUCAAGUAUUGUAAUGUUAUGUUUAAGAAGUAUAUUGGGGUUGUCAUAAUCACACUGUUGUUGUAUCUGCAGAGUCCCUUGAAUCUUUCAAACUUUUCAGACCAUUCCCCUUCAAUCAUCUUUUACAAGGUGUAUAACAGAUACCAUCAUCAGACAGUUGUCAUCAUCUGAAAUUUUCACAUUCAGGAAUUCAGUUAAUACUGUCUAAAAUAAGCCAUUUCAAGCAACAGGCCAUGAGGAAAUUGUUUAUAGCUCAAAUUGUUAAUUUUUUGUCAUAUUUAUUUUCAUUUGUAGUGAUUUCCUCAAUGAUGGGUUGUUUGAAACUUUUUAACAGAAGGAAAAAUAUUUCAUGUGUCAGCCAGUUUAUAUUUGGAAUAUUUGAGAUCACAUGUUACUGAAAUGCUUAGGAUUAAAUUGUCAGUGAACUAAUUUCAUUCAGUCAAGAAAGUCCUGUUGUUUAUUACAGGUCUUGUUAAACGUAAUUAAUAUGCAGAUAUUCUUAAAAAGGUCUAGUCUUGUGAGCGAACAACUAUUAAGGAAAUCAUCAGCAUCUAUUUUCAUCAAUUGUUACAAGCUGCAUUGCUGCUGGUACAUUAAUAAGGCCCAUUGGAGCAGAUGAUGAAAUCUUCCCAUUUUUAAUUAGAUGUUUUAAUGACCCACUAGUUGGUUGUGCUGUUGGUGUGCAUACAGCUAUGCAAUAUUUUGGUUUGUGUUAGUAUUUUAGGUAAUUACAUCAAAGUCUACGUACUAUCUUCACAACUGGGUUGUGGGAUACAUUACAUUGCAAUACUUUAGCUAUGAGGUAUUAGUGAUUAUUGUGCUUUAUUUAUGUUAUUAGUGUAAUCUCAUAUAGUUUGUGAUAUGUUCUUAAUUUAUUGUGCAAAUAACCUUUCUUGGUUGUCCCGGGGAAGGAUUUACUGUAUAUAAACACUAUGAUCUUGAAGCUGUAUCUUUGUUGAGAACCUUCCGGUGUGCUUUAUGCAGAAUGUUAUGCAAUACAUUUUUUAUUUUCUAAAAAGAAAUGUAUGGCUGAGUUGUGCUGUAAUUUUCUUAUGCGUUUUUACAUGGAAUGUGUGAUGUAUAUCUACAAAUACAUCAUUGAUUUAUAUAUAUUUUGUUUGAUCAGGUGUAAAAUAAAUUGUUUAUGCAUUGAAGACUUAUAGGUGUCUUACUAUAAAAUGCACGAUGAAAUUCGAAAUUGUUUUAUUAAUUUAUUAUUGAGAAGUUGACAUAUUGCUGCAUGUGUGUACCCGUGGAAUUAUUUAUGAGCUGGAAUGUGUAAAUGGUAAAUGUUUAACUGUGCUGUUUGUGUGAUUUAUUUGUACUGAGAACCUGCAAUAAGCUUUACUACUCAUGGCAUUGUUUAUUAUUUAGGACGCACAUUGUGCUUCCAUUACACAAGAUACACAUGUGCAGGGUUGCCAACAAAAUUGUGCACUGUUUUUAAUGGAAUGUAAUGAAGAUUUCAAUUCAAAAAUAUUGUUUUUCACUUGAAACUGAUAAAUUAUGUCCAUUAAAUCUAAAGCUUCACUGUAAUGUUAUAAGUUAGUGCAUUUCAAAAAUAAAUGUGUAGUGAUCAAGAAAUGUGCAAUUUAAGUUGACUAAAUAUAUGAAUUUAGUAAAAAUUAAUAUCUUGUCAGUCUGUGGCUGACUUGCUGACUGUGUUUCAACAGAAACAUUAUAACUGGCUUAAUUGGUACUUAGAUUUUUAAAAAGACUCCUGCAUUAACUUGUGACUUCUGUUUAUUGCUUCCCCUUUUCAAAUGAUUUGUAAUUUUAAUAAAAUGUAUUUUUGCCAUUAAUUUGUGUAAAAAAAAUGUAUCAGUGGAACUUUUUAUUAAAAAAAAAGGAAAUUAUGACCA